AUGAGUGGCCGACGCAGUGUCACCGGGUCCAUGCCACAUGGAAGGCAGGACACCCAUCGCAUACUCAAGACUCCAGACACCCAUCGCAUACUCAAGACUCCAGACACCCAUCGCAUACUCAAGACUCCAGACACCCAUCGCAUACUCAAGACUCCAGACACCCAUCGCAUACUCAAGACUCCAGACACCCAUCGCAUACUCAAGACUCCAGACACCCAUCGCAUACUCAAGACUCCAGACACCCAUCGCAUACUCAAGACUCCAGACACCCAUCGCAUACUCAAGACUCCAGACACCCAUCGCAUACUCAAGACUCCAGACACCCAUCGCAUACUCAAGACUCCAGACACCCAUCGCAUACUCAAGACUCCAGACACCCAUCGCAUACUCAAGACUCCAGACACCCAUCGCAUACUCAAGACUCCAGACACCCAUCGCAUACUCAAGACUCCAGACACCCAUCGCAUACUCAAGACUCCAGACACCCAUCGCAUACUCAAGACUCCAGACACCCAUCGCAUACUCAAGACUCCAGACACCCAUCGCAUACUCAAGACUCCAGACACCCAUCGCAUACUCAAGACUCCAGACACCCAUCGCAUACUCAAGACUCCAGACACCCAUCGCAUACUCAAGACUCCAGACACCCAUCGCAUACUCAAGACUCCAGACACCCAUCGCAUACUCAAGACUCCAGACACCCAUCGCAUACUCAAGACUCCAGACACCCAUCGCAUACUCAAGACUCCAGACACCCAUCGCAUACUCAAGACUCCAGACACCCAUCGCAUACUCAAGACUCCAGACACCCAUCGCAUACUCAAGACUCCAGACACCCAUCGCAUACUCAAGACUCCAGACACCCAUCGCAUACUCAAGACUCCAGACACCCAUCGCAUACUCAAGACUCCAGACACCCAUCGCAUACUCAAGACUCCAGACACCCAUCGCAUACUCAAGACUCCAGACACCCAUCGCAUACUCAAGACUCCAGACACCCAUCGCAUACUCAAGACUCCAGACACCCAUCGCAUACUCAAGACUCCAGACACCCAUCGCAUACUCAAGACUCCAGACACCCAUCGCAUACUCAAGACUCCAGACACCCAUCGCAUACUCAAGACUCCAGACACCCAUCGCAUACUCAAGACUCCAGACACCCAUCGCAUACUCAAGACUCCAGACACCCAUCGCAUACUCAAGACUCCAGACACCCAUCGCAUACUCAAGACUCCAGACACCCAUCGCAUACUCAAGACUCCAGACACCCAUCGCAUACUCAAGACUCCAGACACCCAUCGCAUACUCAAGACUCCAGACACCCAUCGCAUACUCAAGACUCCAGACACCCAUCGCAUACUCAAGACUCCAGACACCCAUCGCAUACUCAAGACUCCAGACACCCAUCGCAUACUCAAGACUCCAGACACCCAUCGCAUACUCAAGACUCCAGACACCCAUCGCAUACUCAAGACUCCAGACACCCAUCGCAUACUCAAGACUCCAGACACCCAUCGCAUACUCAAGACUCCAGACACCCAUCGCAUACUCAAGACUCCAGACACCCAUCGCAUACUCAAGACUCCAGACACCCAUCGCAUACUCAAGACUCCAGACACCCAUCGCAUACUCAAGACUCCAGACACCCAUCGCAUACUCAAGACUCCAGACACCCAUCGCAUACUCAAGACUCCAGACACCCAUCGCAUACUCAAGACUCCAGACACCCAUCGCAUACUCAAGACUCCAGACACCCAUCGCAUACUCAAGACUCCAGACACCCAUCGCAUACUCAAGACUCCAGACACCCAUCGCAUACUCAAGACUCCAGACACCCAUCGCAUACUCAAGACUCCAGACACCCAUCGCAUACUCAAAUAA